AUGGAUCCGCAGGCCAGGUCUGUACCUUUUGCUAACAACCCUGAGAAUGCAGCUGACAACUUCAGCCCGCUUAGCAUGCUUCCCCCAGAAUGUCUAGUGAACGUCCUCGACAACCUAGACACCACCGACAACCUGGCUGUUUCCACUGUCUCCAAAGGCCUCCGCAAAUGGGCAAAGCCCCUCGUCUUUAGGGACAUUGUCUGGACCUACACGGCCACGCCUCUCCGCCGAGUCCUUCUGCUCCUGGAGCAGAUCUUUCUCAAUCCGCAGUUUGCAGGGUAUGUCAAGCAUCUCCAGCUCACUUACACCGGACCAGCCUGGGUUCUGCCUGAUCCAGACAUUGACUUUCAGCAGCAUGCCACGAGAUUUGCCUUUGUCACCAGGAAAGCUAUCCAGUUCGUAAGCCAGAUCGGGCUUUUCGACACGGUAGGUUACGCGGCGUUGCUACACCAGGGGGAUUAUUACGCGUAUGCGACGGUUCUGAUUUUUCAACUGCAUAACCUGAGAGUCCUAGAGCUGGACUAUACCUAUACUCUGGUCGGUGGCUUCCCUGGUCUGUUUCUCCAACAUGCCCUCCGCUCUUCGUUCGAAGGUAUUUCCAGAUUCAACAGACUGGAGAUCCUGAAGUACGGCGGCGACGUUCCCCAAGCGGAGAAACUCGACAAUGAGGCGGAGGAAGCAGUGGCUGCCAUUCCCUUACUGGGCAACGAGCAUCAAUUUGCUCCCUGGUUUGCCCUGCCUAGGCUGAAACACGUGGAAAUGUGGCUUAGAAGUACUUCCGGUUUCGAUGAAUACAAGGAUCGGCUGGAGGCCGGCGAGCUCGAAAGCCUGGUUUUGGCCAGGUCAAGCGUUGACGCUGCCGAUAUCAAGGACAUCCUCGGCGCCUGUCCGAAUCUCCGGAGGUUGCACCUGGGAGUAUGCUACAACUUGGUCUCGCAAUUGGCACUCUUUGACAGCAAGGAACUAGCUGACGCGCUAAGACCAUUGAAAGACCGCCUAGAAACCCUCUCCAUAGGUCUCGAGACUGACCCAAGCUUCGUUGGCGGAUUCACUUGGGACCAGGAUAAUAACUUUGGCAACACACUGACGGAUCCCUUCCAGAUGCUCUUCAGUGAGUUCAGAAAGCUUCAGGAGCUCGAAGUCCCAAUGCCGCUUCUACUGGGCUGGUUCUCGAACGAGAACUGGGCGGAUUUCCACAAGUACCUGCCCCCAAAGCUACGGCACUUGGUAAUGCGCAACGAUCUGUCUGGAUUCGACAACUACGCGUGGGAUCCGUACGGAAUGGUCUUUGCAGUCGACCAGCGGGUCAUUGAGACCAAGAAGAGGAUUCCUAGUUUGCAGCGGGUGACGCUUCGUGUCUGGGCCACGAACCCUCGACGGCCGAAUGAGGAUUUCCUGGCUGAAGCGGCGGAUAUGGCGCAGUCUGUUGGAGUGCAGUGUGACUCAGUCGUUGAUGAGCUUGGCUCGGGGCUUUGGGUUGUCGGCGCUACCUGA